AAAUCGGGUGAAGAAAUCUUUCCAUCUUUUUGUGGCAGGUUCAACUGGACUGAUGGCAAAUUGAACAGCAGCAACUUGAUUGAGCUUUCAGGUCAGAUCACAGAAAAGUUUGAUGAAGAGUUCCGGAUUCUUUAUGCGCAGUCUCUUCCCAUGAACACCCGAGGACCCGCAAGUGCACAAACCAGUGAGAGCUUUGAGCGCGUUCCCAGCAAGCAUCUGCUCACCUCCUCCCCGUACCUGAGCAGGGAGAGGCCCCCGGGGCAAGCGCGGGUGACCAGCACACCGGGCCGAAAAGUCAGCCCUUUAUCUCUGCCGCUUCCCUGUGAGGAAAUCGCCCCAGAAGAAGUGGUUCGAAACGGCAGCGCCGCAUCCAACUCGUCGACGAUUGGUGACGACUGGUUGGAUCCGCAGCACAUGGAAGAAGAAAUCCUGGCCGCUGGUCCCAGCCCCCCGGCGGAGCAGCCUGACGCAAGCGAGCCUGCCCCACUGAGUCGAGCGCCCUGCCACGCGGCCACUCAGACCAGUUUUUCAGCGGCGGACGGUGACACCCGGACGGACGUCCGGCUCACCCGGCACCCCGAUCUCAGCCGGUCCAUGGCCGCAUUCAGCCAGAACAAGGCCGCCUCUCUCGGGAUGAGCGCCUCCGCCCAGGCAGCUCCAACUGGCACCGUGAAAGAGUGCCUGAGCAGUCUGACCAAAGAGCGCCAGCACCACUACACGGCCAUCCGUUCCAAGCUGGAACACAUGAUGGCCUCUCUGUCCCAGCGGCGGGACCUCGCAGACAUUGCCGUCAUGACUCGGGGCAGGCGAGGGCUACACAAAGCUACGCCGGUGCCGGAGCCUCGACUACUUGCUGGAAAUGCCGCCGUUGUCACAUGAUGACAGAUGUUGACACGAGCUCUACUCCCUCUCCCACCCCCCAAGCCAAAUUGCUGCCUUUUUCUACGUGCUGGCCGUAUAAUGCUGGGUGCAAUGGUGACAGAAGAAUACUUGAUCACACAAUGUAGCAAUUGUGCAUUUCUACUGCUUGCUGUAAUGAAUAACUUGCAGAUGUCGGUAAAUCGGAUGUUGCAGACCACUUUCGUCAGACCGAUGCCGGGAUGGGUAUUCCUUCUUUGACUACUCAUCUAUACCGAUACCUCUACUACUUUUGAGAUAUAAAAUCCGUGAAACACACUGAGAAGAAAUUGUGAAGAUCUUUCUUUGUGACGUGUCAAAUUGUCACCGUGUGCAAAAUUUGAGCACAUUUGUCAUUUGAGAAGCACGCCGUUUCUAAGAGGUUGGUGACCCCUGUGAUGCAGUGCGGAUGAACGAAAGUGCCUUGCUGCUGAUGUCGGUGUUUCAAUCAAACAUGCCUGCGCUACAUGGAUCUAUAUAUAUUUGCUCAUUGUGCCUCGCUCAUAAUAAAUUCUCUGUUUUACUUCUUGA